AUGUCGCAGGAAAGAGAGAAAGGCUCUCCUGCCGACAACACUCAACAAUUCCUCUCCCAACCCGCCCACAGUCUCUCUUAUGAAGAUACCAUCAAAGAACUCGGAACCAACUCUGAUGAUGGGUUAACCUCCGCCGAGGUCAAAGAGCGAUUGCAGAAAUAUGGCGAGAAUAUGCUGGAAGGAGACGAAGGUGUCUCUUUGGCGAAAAUUGUCAUUCGGCAAAUCGCCAACGCCAUGAUGCUGGUUCUCAUUAUUGCCAUGGCUGUCAGUUUCGGUAUUCAAUCGUGGAUCGAAGGAGGAUUCAUUGCCGCCGUCAUCGCCUUGAACAUCGUGGUCGGAGUGUAUCAGGAUUACGCAGCUGAGAAAACCAUGGACUCUUUGCGAUCCCUCAGUUCCCCAACUGGUGUGGUCUCGCGCGAUGGAAAGACUGCUACAGUUGCAGCAAACGAAAUUGUUCCUGGUGAUAUGGUCGAAUUGAAAGUCGGAGACACUGUCCCUGCUGACGUCAGGUUGGUCGAAGCUUUCAACUUCGAGACAGAUGAAGCAUUGUUGACUGGCGAGUCUUUGCCAGUUCAGAAAGAAGCCGAAAGUAUUUUCGACGUCGAUACCGGCCCAGGCGACAGACUCAAUAUCGCCUACAGCUCCUCAACAGUGACUCGAGGCCGCGCCCGCGGUGUCGUCGUGGGGACUGGUAUGCGAACUGAGAUCGGAGCCAUAGCGCAGGCACUCCGUGGAACUGACUCCAAACGCCGACCUGUCAAGCGUGGACCCGAAGGUGAAACAAAGAAGAGGUGGUAUGUCCAGGCUUGGACUUUGACGACCACCGAUGCUAUUGGCCGGUUUUUGGGUACCAAUGUUGGCACACCGUUGCAGCGCAAGCUGUCCAAGCUGGCUCUAUUGCUCUUCGCCAUUGCCGUUAUCUUCGCGAUCGUUGUGGCGGGCUCGAAUGACUGGCGCGGUGAUAGCGAGGUGAUCAUCUAUGCGGUCGCUACUGGUCUUGCUAUGAUCCCGGCUUGUUUAGUGGUUGUUUUGACUAUUACUAUGGCCGUUGGAACAAAGCAAAUGGUUAAACGCAAUGUUAUCGUUCGAAAGCUCGACUCUUUGGAAGCUCUUGGUGCCGUCACCAAUAUCUGCUCCGAUAAGACUGGUACUCUGACUCAGGGUCGUAUGGUUGCCAAGAGAGCUUGGAUUCCAUCGGUCGGAACAUACUCGGUCGGUGCCUCCAACGAACCUCUAAACCCUCGCGAUGGCGCUUUGAGCUUGUUACCCGAGCCCCCCAUCAAGGCGGUGCAGGAUAACCUUGGAAGUGAAGCAACUCCGGAGGAACUACUCAAAGACAAUGAUGCGCUCAAGGAGUAUCUCGACGUUGCCUCCAUGGCUAAUUUGGCCCACAUUCACGAAACCACCAACGAUGGGUGGCAGGCUCGUGGCGAGCCAACCGACAUCGCCAUUCAGGUCUUCGCGUCUCGUUUUGACUGGGGUCUGGACCGCUGGACAAAAGGAGAGAAGCCCACCUGGUCGCAGAAGGCCGAGUAUCCUUUCGACUCCAGCGUCAAGAAGAUGUCUGUUAUUUUUGCGAAGCGCGAGGAUCACUCAGAGAAGAAACGCGAGAUGAUUUUCACCAAGGGCGCCGUCGAGCGCGUUCUGGAAGCUUGCACCACUAUCAAAUGGAAAUCGGAUGCCGACGCUGUCCCCAUUGACGACGAAAUCAAAGACGAGAUCCUGAACAACAUGGAGGCUUUGGCCAAAGAAGGGCUUCGAGUCCUUGCUUUGGCCGGUCGCGAGAAUACCUCACCCGCGAAAGAAGGUGGAGAUCCCCUUCCCCGAGAGGAGGUUGAGAAGGAAUUGUCGUUCUAUGGACUGAUCGGUCUUUAUGAUCCUCCUCGCCCGGAAACUGCCGGCGCUAUCGCUCAAUGUUACAAGGCUGGCAUUUCCGUGCAUAUGGUCACUGGUGAUCACCCCGGCACAGCUCGUGCUAUCGCUGCGCAAGUCGGAAUUAUCCCCUCGAACAUGGAUAUGAUUGCCAAGGAUGUUGCCGAUGCAAUGGUCAUGACGGCCUCUCAAUUCGACAAAUUGACUGAAGAUGAAAUUGACAACCUGCCCACUCUCCCACUGGUUAUUGCUCGAUGUGCGCCUAACACAAAGGUCCGCAUGAUCGAUGCUUUGCAUCGCCGUGGUCGCUUUGUGGCUAUGACUGGUGACGGAGUGAACGACUCUCCCUCCCUGAAGCGAGCCGAUGUUGGUAUUGCCAUGGGACAGAACGGCUCUGAUGUGGCCAAGGAUGCCUCCGAGCUGGUGCUCUCUGAUGAUAACUUUGCCUCCAUCAUCAACGGUAUUGAGGAGGGUCGUCGUAUCUUCGAUAACAUUCAGAAGUUUGUUCUCCAUCUUCUUGCUGAGAACGUUGCUUUAGCUUUAACCUUACUUAUCGGUUUGGCUUUCAAGGAUGACAGCAACCAGUCUGUCUUCCCGAUUGCACCUGUUGAGAUUAUUUGGAUUAUCAUGAUUACCUCCGGUCUCCCCGAUAUGGGUCUUGGAAUGGAGAUUGCUGCUCCAGAGGUGAUGGAUCGUCCACCACAAAGCAAACAAGGUAUCUUUACUUGGGAAAUCAUCAUCGACACUCUCGUAUACGGCGUCUGGAUGGCCGCCCUGUGUCUAUCAGCCUUCGCACUUGUCAUGUUCCGCUGGGGCGAUGGAAACCUCGCCACGGGCUGCAACACACAAUAUAAUGACCCCAACAAGCCCUACACUUGCGACACGGUCUUUCGCGCCCGAGCUACAACAUUUACGUGCAUGACCUGGUUCGCUCUCUUCCUCGCCUGGGAGAUGAUGAACCUCCGCCGCAGCUUCUUCCAAAUGCAGCCUGACUCCAAGCGCCGCUUCACCCAGUGGAUGCAUGAUAUCUGGCGCAACAAGGUCCUCUUCUUUGGCAUCAUGACUGGUUUCGUUCUUGCCUUCCCCAUCUUGUAUAUCCCUGUCAUCAACCACAGUGUCUUCAAGCAUAGCAGUAUCUCCUGGGAGUGGGGUAUUGUCUUUGUUGAGACGGUGUUAUUUUUCCUUGGUAUCGAGUCUUGGAAAUGGUGCAAGCGCGUUUACUUCCGUCGCCAGGACCGAAAGGCUGCGGCGAGGGGUGAUCAGCCUGGUGAGAGUCGCGUUUUCAGAGAUUUCAGUCGCUAUACCACCAUAGAUCGUUCUGAUACCCAGGCUAGUGACAUGAAGGUUGAGAAAUCUAUGGUUUAA